UGCUCAUCCCUUGUCCUCUAACCACCAUUCCCCUAAGCUCCUCCUAUCCAGGUAUAAAGGUAGGCUAAAAUGAGUAACCAAUAGUCUCUGCUCUGGGCAGACUGAAGGAUAGAGACUGCACUGCGACCAUGGGAUCGAAACGAAUGAAUGAUGACUACAAACUGGCGAACACCUCAGAAAAUGACGACAAAACAACCAAGAAGGGUCAAAAAUCCAAGGAUACGGAGGACCUGAAAAAAGAAGUUGAUCUGGAUGACCACAAAUUAAGCUUUGAUGAACUUCACAGAAAAUAUGGAACUGACCUGACAAGGGGUCUUUCUUCAUCCAAAGCAAAAGAGAUCCUGGCCCGAGAUGGCCCCAACGCCCUCACACCUCCUCCCACAACACCCGAGUGGGUCAAGUUCUGCAAACAGCUGUUUGGUGGUUUCUGCAUGCUGCUGUGGAUUGGUGCAUUCCUCUGCUUCUUGGCUUACGCUAUCCAGGUUGCCUCAGAGGAGAACCCUGGAAAUGAUAAUUUGUACCUAGGGGUUGUGCUUUCUGCUGUGGUCAUGAUCACGGCUUGCUUCUCCUACUACCAAGAGGCCAAGAGCUCCAGGAUUAUGGAUUCCUUUAAGAACAUGGUCCCACAGCAAGCCCUGGUUAUCCGUGACGGAGAGAAGAAAAGCAUCAACACCGAGGAGGUGGUGCUUGGAGAUUUAGUGGAGGUGAAAGGCGGAGACAGGAUCCCUGCUGAUCUGAGAAUCAUAUCUGCUCACGGCUGCAAGGUGGACAACUCCUCCCUGACUGGUGAAUCAGAGCCCCAGACUCGUUCUCCAGAUUUCUCCCAUGAAAACCCACUGGAAACCAGGAACAUUGCUUUCUUCUCCACUAACUGUGUUGAAGGCACAGCCAGAGGAAUCGUCAUCAACACUGGAGAUAAUACUAUCAUGGGCCGUAUCGCCACCCUUACUUCCAGUCUUGAAGCUGGAAAAACUCCCAUUGCCAUUGAGAUCGAACAUUUUAUCCACAUCAUCACUGGAGUGGCCGUCUUCCUGGGUCUUACUUUCUUCAUCCUCUCCGUCAUCCUCGGAUACAGCUGGCUAGAUGGUGUUAUCUUCCUCAUUGGUAUCAUUGUUGCCAACGUCCCAGAAGGUCUCUUGGCUACUGUCACUGUGUGUCUGACUCUGACUGCUAAGCGUAUGGCCAAGAAGAACUGCCUGGUGAAGAACCUAGAGGCUGUCGAGACGCUGGGCUCCACCUCCACCAUUUGCUCUGACAAGACCGGCACCCUGACCCAGAACAGAAUGACCGUGGCUCACAUGUGGUUUGACAACCAGAUCCAUGAGGCCGACACCACUGAGAACCAGAGUGGUGUCGCUUUUCAAAAGAGCUCUCCCACCUGGACUGCUCUGUCCAGAAUCGCCGGACUCUGCAACCGUGCCGUCUUCCUGGCUGGCCAAAACGAUGUUCCCAUUCUGAAGAGAAAUAUCGCUGGUGAUGCCUCAGAAGCUGCUUUGCUGAAGUGUAUCGAGCUGUGCUGUGGAUCUGUUAGUGAAAUGAGAGAAAAAUACCCCAAAAUUGCUGAGAUUCCCUUUAAUUCCACAAACAAAUACCAGCUCUCUAUUCAUAAGAACACAACCCCCGGAGAAACCAAGCAUCUGCUGGUGAUGAAAGGAGCUCCAGAGAGGAUUUUGGAUCGCUGCACCACCAUCAUGCUUGACGGCAAAGAGCAGCCUCUGGACGACGAACUAAAAGAUGCCUUCAAUAGCGCCUAUCUUGAGUUGGGAGGUCUUGGAGAGAGAGUUUUGGGUUUCUGCCACUAUCACUUGCCUGAUGACCAGUUCAAAGAAGGCUUUGCUUUUGACACUGAUGAUGUGAACUUCCCCACUGAGAACCUGUGCUUUACUGGCCUCAUGUCCAUGAUUGACCCUCCUCGUGCUGCUGUGCCCGAUGCUGUUGGUAAAUGCAGGAGUGCUGGAAUCAAGGUCAUCAUGAUCACAGGUGACCAUCCAAUUACAGCCAAGGCUAUUGCUAGAGGUGUGGGUAUCAUCUCAGAAGGCAAUGAGACUGUUGAAGACAUUGCUGCCCGCUUGAAUGUUCCAGUUUCAGAGGUCAACCCUAGGGAUGCUAAGGCCUGUGUCAUCCAUGGUGGGGAGCUUAAAGACAUGACCCCAGAGGAGAUUGACGAUGUGUUGAGGAACCACACUGAAAUUGUAUUUGCCAGGACCUCCCCUCAACAGAAACUGAUCAUUGUGGAAGGAUGCCAGAGACAGGGAGCCAUUGUGGCCGUGACAGGUGAUGGUGUGAACGACUCUCCAGCUCUGAAGAAAGCUGACAUCGGUGUUGCCAUGGGCAUUGCUGGAUCUGAUGUCUCCAAACAGGCUGCUGACAUGAUCCUGCUGGACGAUAACUUUGCCUCCAUUUUAACUGGAGUGGAAGAAGGCCGUCUGAUCUUUGACAACUUGAAGAAGUCUAUUGCCUACACUCUGACCAGUAAAAUCCCUGAGAUGUCACCCUUCCUCCUCUUUGUGAUCGCCAACAUCCCUCUGCCCCUGGGAACCGUCACCAUCCUCUGUAUUGAUCUGGGAACUGAUUUGGUCCCUGCAAUUUCUUUGGCUUAUGAACAAGCUGAGAGUGACAUCAUGAAGAGACAGCCCAGAAAUGCAUCAGACAGGCUGGUGAACGAGAGACUCAUCAGUAUGGCUUAUGGACAGAUUGGCAUGAUACAGGCCUCAGCUGGCUUCUUCACAUAUUUUGUCGUCCUGGCUGAAAAUGGUUUUUUGCCCUUGGAUCUCAUGGGACUUAGAAUCUUCUGGGAUAACAGAUUUCUAAAUGACCUAGAAGACAGCUAUGGGCAGGAGUGGACAUAUGAGAGCAGAAAGAUCUUGGAGUUCACCUGCCACACAGCCUUCUUCUCCAGUAUUGUGAUUGUCCAGGUGGCUGAUCUGCUCAUCUGUAAAACAAGGAGGAACUCUAUUUUGCAGCAAGGAAUGAAGAACAAUGUCCUUAUCUUUGGGAUGUUUGAGGAGCUGGCUCUUGCUGUGUUCCUGUCAUACUGCCCAGGCAUGGACAUUGCCCUGAAAAUGUACCCUAUGAAGCCAUUAUGGUGGUUCUGUGGAUUACCGCACGGGUUCCUUCUCUUCUUUUAUGAUGAAAUCAGAAAAUAUAUCCUCAGACACCACCCAGGAGGCUGGUUGGAGAAGGAGACAUACUACUGAGCCAACAUGAGACAGACAUGAAGGCAGUGUGUGUUUCAUCACUACUUAAUGUUAUCUUAAGUGUUUGUUAGAGAUGCUAUAGCUCUAAAAACACCACAAAGCAUGGAUAGAUUAAGAAUAUCUUUAUGAAUGUGUGUACCGAAAUAAAAUAUUUCUAAUCUAAAA